AUGGACGUUGAACAUCAAGGAAGUUGUCAUUGUGAAGCAAUUCGAUGGAAGUUCAGAGCGCCUCAAAAUCUGAAUGGCAUUCAAUGCAAGUAUGUUAAAAUUUCUGAAAAACUCUUUUUGAAUUUGAUCAUUGAAGAAUAUUUUUGUAGUUGCUCAAUUUGCCACAAAAAACAAAAUCAUCAUGUUAUCAUCAAAAAAGACCGUUUCGAAUUAUUAACUGGUGCUGACAAUUUGACAACUUAUACAUUCAAUACCGGAGCAGCAAAACAUCAGUUCUGUAAAACAUGUGGAAUUCAGAGUUUCUAUUUUCCAAGAUCUAAUCCGGAUGAUAUUGGUAAGGAAUUGAAGUGUUUUUUUCUACCAUUCAACAAAAUCGCCCAGUCUAUAUAGAAAUAUUUUUUCUGAAUUUUUGUGACAACGGCGGAUAUUUUUUCCGAAAAUAUGCGUUACCGGAUAUAGGGACAAAACAGCGGGCAGUAUGACUCGAACCCACAAAAUUAAGCGGGUUGAAUAGAAGACAGAGCUCUUCCCCACUACCCCAUGCGUGUUAUAUAAACGAAGAAAUGAGGCAGAAUUUCACGUGACCCAGAUAAUCAGGAAUUGAAAAAAAAUCUUUCUACCUAUGAAAUAUUUCAUAGUUUGUUUUUCAAUAAGAUCUGGAAGCUGAUCCUAUACCAUCAAGUGUAAUUCAAAGCUUCAUCUAAUGAUUCAAACAUAGUAAUUUAUAAACAACUAUCCUCUAACAUCAAUAGUAAUUAUGAAUUAAAAACUUUACCCAAUAUUUUUCAAUGAAGCUCAAAUCUCACCUGUUAGUUUUGUUCCUCCCCCCAAACCUCAAAAUAAACUAACUUGACUGGCCCGCUUCCGUGAAAAGUUGUUGCUCUCUUCGAAUCUCCUGUCCAAAGGAAACAUCUUCUUGUUCGAAUUCGGAAGCCUGAAACUUCUACAUUCUUUUUCUCAAAAUUUUCGCCUAUUCUUAAACUUACAUCAGAAAAUGACAAUUGUAGAUUUGAUAGGCCCACUGCAUUCUGUGACUGUUGUCUCUAAAAAAAUAAGAAAAUUAAAAAAUGUACCAAAUCACCCCAUUAAUAACUUUUUCUGCCCUGAAAAAAAUCACUCAAAAACGAGAAAAAAAAAUAAUAAUUUUAUUGGAGUUCUACAAUAAAUCCAUCCUAUCCAGAACGUAAAUAAAAUUGCCUUUUUCCCGAAGAAAAACGAAGGGAAAAAACAAAAAAUAAAAAUGUCGUGCAAAAAAAAAUAAAAGAAAAUUAACGAUACUCCGCGUGCGCGUUGUUUAGCGUGUUUAUUUUGUUGUUUUUUUGCAGGGUAGAUGAGAGAGUGUGGGAAAUGGAGAGAGGGUUAGAUAGAGAAAGAGAGAGAUAUAUGUUUUUUUUAUUUGAAAAGACAUUAUUGAUUGAACGGUUUUUUUCGAACUGAAUCAUUUUUCUGGUUUUUUUUUCAGGGCAGAAAAAGUUAUUGAUGAGGUGAUUUGGUACAUUUUUUAAUUUUCUUAUUUUUUUUAGAGACAACAGUCACAGAAUGCAGCGGUCCCAUAAAACGCACAAUUGUCAUUUUCUGAUGUAAGUUUAAGAAUAGGCGGAAAUUUUGAAAAAAAAAAUAAUGUAGAAGUUUCAGGCUUCCGAACAAGAAGAUGUUUCGUUUGGACAGGACAUUCAAACAGAUCAACAACUUCUCACGGAAUGGGCCAAUCAAGUUAGUUUAUUUUGAGGUUUGGGGGGAGGGGAGGAACCAAACUAACAGGUGAGAUUUGAGCUUCAUUGAAAAAUAUUGGGUAAAGUUUUUAAUUCAUAAUUACUAUUGAUGUUAAAUGAAAGUUGUUUAUAAAUUACUAUGCUUAAAUGAUCAGACAGUUUUAUGCACGCGAUUUCCAGUUUGUUUUGAAUUUAUUUUUUUUUUCUUUUUAUAAUUUAUCUUUUUAUAGUCUCAUUAAACUUCACAAUUUGUGUUCCCAGGCGUAACUUUUUUAAAAGAAUUAUUUUUUCUCACGUCAGCUUAGAAUUAGUUGCGAAAAAUAGGGUUUUCUUCAAAAUUAAGAAUUUAUGAGGAUUUUCUGACUGUUUCGCCUAGGGGAACCGCCUCUAGUCUGUGUCUAAAUCUUUGCACAUUAUAGUUUCUGCCUUCAGAAUUUUUGUGACCAACUAAAUUUUUCUGACACUCUAACUGUCACGUUUUUGUGUUCUCUUAUUUUGAUAUCAGCGACACAUAAUGCGUAAGUCAAAUUUUUCAAUAAAAAACUAUCACUCAAACUACAAUCUCAAUUUUGAAAUAAUUUGAAUUUUAUUUUCUCAAAAAAAAUCGGGCGGUUGUCGAUUUCUUUUUCAUGUGUUAUAUUUUUAAAAAAAGUAGUCACCCUGGGAGCCAAUUCAAAUAUCUUCUAAACCGAGUCUGAUUAAUCGAACCUGGCAAGGAUCCUCUUUAUUACUUCUAUAUGUUUAAUAUUCUUGACAAUAAUAACUUGAAGUAUCAAAUCAUAACGUCUUAAUCUGUGCUCCAACUUUGUUUCAAUUUUUCUAACUUCUCUGGGAUCUUUUGUUUGAUUUUAGCCCUUCAUUAAUGAUUUUUGAUUUCUCAGGUCUCAUAGAGUUCACAGAUCUCAAACAUCAAUGUGCCUUCUAGAUUCUCUGAGCCCUCUGUUUUUUCCAUUUACAUCCUUAUCUCCAGCUCUAUCUGAGUUCCUUCACAUAUUCAUAUUUUUCAUUCUCGCCGGCGCCCUCUGACUUCUCUUUGUGCACUGUAAACUCAAAUAUCUAUCCUCCCUGAUUUCUCUUUGGAUCAUUUGUAUUUUCUCAACUCUCUCUCUCUCUAUUGAAACACGUGAGCAUGUCAGAAUCUAAACUUCUAUCUCAAAUUGUCGACCUUUUGAUUCUCGUUAUCAAUUGUUGCAUCGAAAAAAACUGUGCAAAAAUAGAAAUGAUGUAGAGUGAAAAGAAUAUAAACCACCAGUGAAGCAGUGAUUUGUUGAUCACCAAAACUUUUUUAUAGCGAUAAUGCCGCACUGCGUCAACGGAAACACUAUCAAAUCAAUCACAUGGACUUAUUUUGAUGGACAAAAUUGGGAGAAGCACAUGAUAAAUAAUGCUCCGACUGCUCUGUAG